AUGUCAUAUAAUUAUUGCCUAUGUUUGUGUUUUUGUUUUGUUCAAAAAUGACUGCUGAAUAUGACAAAAGUUUCCGAUUCAAAAAAGAAAAUAAGUUUUUAGUAAAAAGUGGUUGUAAAAAACGUAUGUGGAGAUCUUUGAAACAAAUUUUAACUGCUGAAAGAGCUUUACCUUGGCAUAACGAGGCAGUUUUGUAUUAUUCAAUAAACGCUCCUCCAACCUUCAAACCCACAAAAAAGUAUUCUGAUAUAUCUGGUUUACCAGCUCCCUAUAUGGACAGACAUUCCAAGCUCUUUUAUAGUAAUGUAGAAGAGUUCACGACUGUUCGUAGUUUACCAAUGGACAUAACAGCAGGAUAUCUACAAUUGAGGGGAGCCAACACAAUUGUAGGAUAAGGUAUCAUUAAAGAGAGUGUUGUGAAAGAUAAUAAACAUUUUGUACUCCUUAGAAAAUGACAUAGUGGCUUAUUCCAUAUAAGUUUGCUAAAUGAUUAUAUUCCUGAUUCCUUAAAAGAAAACAAUUGUUUUAAAGCGA